UCUUAUUCUCUACGAAACAUUGUGUUACAGGUGAUUGUGAAAUAAGAAUGUAAACAAAACCUCGUACUAUAGUUAAUAAAACGAAAUUAGAAAAGACUUCGGGAAAGAAAUAUUUAUUUGCUCGACUUCAUGAAAAACCAAAUGGCUCGAGAAAGAAAUAUUCUUAAUUUACAAUUUAAUCAGGAUCAAGGAUGCUUUACAUGUUGUAUGGAAUCUGGCCUUAGGGUAUAUAAUGUAGAACCAUUAGUUGAAAAAGCACAUUUGGAAAAUGAUGUAAUAGGAAGUAUAGCUAUCGCAGAGAUGCUUUGGAGAACAAACAUUAUUGCUAUAGUAGGUGGUGGUACAAGACCAAAGUUUGCAGAAAAUACAGUACUUAUUUAUGAUGAUAUAUCUAAAAAGUUUGUAUUGGAAGUAACAUUUACCAGUCCUAUUAAAGCUGUCAGAUUACGCAGAGACAAAAUGAUAGUAGCGCUUCAACGCGAGGUACAUGUUUUUUCAUUUCCUGUGCCAACACGAAGAUUGUUAACUUUAGAAACAAGAGAUAAUCCAAAGGGAUUAAUUGAAGUUGCUACUUUGGCUACUGCGCAAAAGCAACUUCUUGUUUUUCCUGGCCAUAAACAAGGCAGUAUACAAUUAGUUGAUCUAGGUGCUACAGAAGCUGGAAGUUCUAGCACUCCCGCGACUCUUAUGGCACAUCAGGGUGCAUUGGCUUGUCUCGCAGUUAACAACAGUGGAACUAUGAUUGCAACUGCUUCCAUACAAGGUACUCUAGUUAGAGUAUGGGACAGUAUACAUAGGCACUUGCUGGUAGAAUUGAGAAGAGGCAUAGAUCCUGCUACAGUUUACUGUAUCACGUUCAGUAGAGAUUCUGAAUAUUUAUGUGCCUCUAGUGACAAAGGAACAGUACAUAUAUUUGCAUUGAAAGACACACAAUUAAAUCGCAGAUCUACUUUCUCAAAAAUUUCAUUUUUGGGAAAUUAUAUUGAAAGUCAGUGGGCAAUGGCAACUUUCACAGUACCACCAGAAUGUGCUUGUAUGUGUGCAUUUGGUACAAGGAGUUCUGUAAUAGCUGUUUGUAUGGAUGGGACAUUUCAUAAAUACGUUUUUACCAGUGAUGGAAAUUGUAACCGUGAGGCAUUUGAUGUUUUCUUGGAUGUUUGUGAUCAUGAUGAUUUUUAAUGUAUAUUGUAUAUCAUAUUUAUUCGUUU